GUUGCAGGGCAGUGAUAUCUACAACUACCUCACAGGAGCUCAGUGACUCCAGUAGCCACGAUGACAGCAGACGAGUUGGUCUUCUUUGUGAAUGGCAAAAAGGUGGUGGAGAAAAAUGCAGACCCGGAAACAACCCUUCUGGUCUACCUUAGAAGAAAGCUGGGGCUGUGUGGGACCAAGCUUGGCUGUGGAGAAGGCGGCUGUGGAGCAUGUACUGUGAUGAUCUCCAAGUAUGACCGUCUUCAGAACAAGAUCAUUCAUUUUUCUGUCAAUGCCUGCUUGGCCCCCAUCUGCUCCUUGCAUCAUGUUGCUGUGACAACCGUGGAAGGCAUAGGAAACACCAAGAAGCUGCAUCCUGUACAGGAGAGAAUUGCCAGAAGCCAUGGUUCCCAGUGUGGGUUCUGUACCCCUGGCAUUGUCAUGAGUAUGUACACACUGCUCCGAAACCAGCCUGAGCCUACUGUUGAGGAGAUCGAGAAUGCCUUCCAAGGAAACCUCUGCCGCUGUACAGGCUAUAGACCCAUCCUUCAGGGAUUCCGGACCUUUGCCAAGGAUGGUGGAUGCUGUGGAGGAAGUGGAAACAACCCAAAUUGUUGCAUGAGCCAGACAAAAGACAAGACGAUUGCUCUCUCACCUUCUUUAUUCAAUCCAGAGGAUUUCAAACCUUUAGAUCCCACGCAAGAGCCCAUCUUUCCCCCAGAGUUGCUGAGGCUGAAAGACACACCCCGGAAGAAGCUGCAUUUCGAAGGGGAACGUGUGUCCUGGAUCCAGGCUUCGACCAUGGGGGAACUGCUUGACCUCAAAGCUCAGCACCCUGAUGCCAAGCUGGUGGUGGGAAACACGGAGAUAGGCAUUGAAAUGAAGUUUAAGAAUAUGCUGUUUCCUCUGAUUGUAUGCCCAGCCUGGAUCCCUGAACUGAAUUCAGUGGCUCAUGGGCCUGAGGGAAUUUCCUUUGGAGCUGCUUGCCCCCUUAGCUUGGUGGAAAGUGUCCUGGUGGAUGCAAUUGCUAAACUUCCAGAACAAAAGACAGAGGUGUUCAGAGGCGUGACGGAGCAGCUGCGCUGGUUUGCUGGCAAGCAGGUCAAGUCCGUGGCGUCCAUCGGAGGGAACAUCAUCACUGCCAGCCCCAUCUCUGACCUCAACCCUGUGUUCAUGGCCAGUGGAGCCAAGCUGACCCUCGUGUCUAGAGGUACCAAGAGAACUGUUCGGAUGGACCAUACCUUCUUCCCUGGCUACAGAAGGACUCUGCUCAGUCCAGAGGAGAUAUUGCUGUCUAUUGAGAUCCCCUACAGCAGGGAGGGUGAGUUUUUCUCAGCCUUCAAGCAGGCUUCCAGGAGAGAAGAUGACAUUGCUAAGGUGACUAGUGGCAUGAGAGUCCUGUUCAAGCCAGGGACCAUUGAGGUGCAGGAACUGUCCCUUUGCUUUGGAGGGAUGGCCAACAGAACUAUUUCAGCCCUCAAGACCACUCCCAAGCAGCUGUCCAAGUCCUGGAAUGAGGAACUGCUGCAGGAUGUGUGUGCUGGCUUGGCAGAGGAGCUGCACCUGGCCCCCGAUGCCCCUGGUGGCAUGGUGGAAUUCCGGCGCACCCUCACCCUCAGCUUCUUCUUCAAAUUCUACCUGACAGUGCUUCAGAAACUGGGCGGAGCGGACCAUGAGGGUGGGUCUUUCAUUGCUUCCCCAGGAGAAUUGUAUAUUGGUGGCCAGGAACACUUUUAUCUGGAGACCAACUGCACCAUCGCUGUGCCGAAAGGCGAGGCAGGCGAGAUGGAACUCUUCGUGGGCACACAGAACACCAUGAAAACCCAGAGCUUUGUUGCAAAAAUGUUGGGCGUUCCAGACAACAGAAUUGUAGUCCGAGUGAAGAGAAUGGGCGGAGGCUUUGGAGGGAAGGAGACCCGGAGCACUGUGGUGUCUACAGCAGUGGCCUUGGCUGCAUACAAGACAGGCCGCCCUGUACGUUGCAUGCUAGACCGAGAUGAGGACAUGCUGAUAACUGGUGGCAGACAUCCCUUCCUGGCUAAAUACAAGGUUGGCUUCAUGAAGACUGGGAAUAUAGUGGCUCUGGAGGUGGCUCACUUCAGCAAUGGUGGGAACACUGAGGAUCUCUCUCGGAGUAUAAUGGAACGAGCUCUGUUCCACAUGGACAACACCUACAAGAUCCCCAACAUUCGUGGUACUGGGAGGAUUUGUAAGACUAAUCUGCCCUCCAACACAGCCUUCCGAGGCUUUGGGGGUCCUCAGGGGAUGCUAAUCGCAGAACACUGGAUGAGUGAGGUCGCUGUAACCUGUGGGCUACCUGCAGAGGAGGUACGAAGGAAGAACAUGUACAAAGAAGGGGACCUGACUCACUUCAACCAGAAGCUGGAGGGGUUCACCCUGCCCAGGUGCUGGGACGAAUGCAUAGCAAGCUCCCAGUAUCAUGCUCGAAAGAUGGAAGUGGAGAAAUUCAACAGGGAGAAUUGUUGGAAAAAGAGAGGGCUGUGUAUAAUCCCGACUAAGUUUGGAAUAAGCUUCACACUUCCUUUUCUGAACCAGGGAGGUGCUCUGGUCCACGUGUACACUGAUGGGUCAGUGCUGUUGACACAUGGAGGAACUGAGAUGGGUCAAGGCCUUCACACCAAGAUGGUUCAGGUUGCCAGCCGAGCUCUGAAGAUCCCCACCUCCAAGAUCCAUAUAACGGAGACAAGCACUAACACUGUCCCCAACACCUCUCCCACAGCUGCCUCUGCCAGUGCUGACAUCAAUGGCCAGGCCAUUUAUGAAGCAUGUCAGACCAUACUGAAAAGGCUGGAACCCUUCAAGAAAAAGAAACCCAAAGGCUCCUGGGAGGACUGGGUCAUGGAUGCCUACACUAGUGCAGUGAGCUUGUCUGCUACUGGAUUUUAUAAGACACCCAACCUUGGCUACAGCUUUGAGACAAACUCUGGGAAUCCCUUCCAUUAUUUCAGUUAUGGGGUGGCUUGCUCUGAAGUAGAAAUUGACUGCUUAACAGGGGAUCAUAAGAAUCUCCGUACAGAUAUCAUCAUGGAUGUUGGUUCCAGCUUGAAUCCAGCCAUUGAUAUUGGACAAGUGGAAGGGGCAUUUGUCCAGGGCCUUGGUCUCUUCACUAUGGAGGAGCUGCACUACUCCCCUGAUGGGAGCCUGCAUACUCGUGGCCCCAGUACCUACAAGAUCCCUGCAUUUGGCAGCAUCCCCAUUGAAUUCAGAGUAUCCCUGCUCCGGGACUGCCCCAACAAAAGGGCCAUUUAUGCAUCCAAGGCUGUUGGGGAGCCACCUCUUUUCCUGGCUUCUUCUAUCUUCUUUGCCAUCAAAGAUGCCAUUCGAGCAGCCCGAGCUCAGCGAGAUAAUAAUGCAAAACAACUUUUCCAGCUAGACAGCCCUGCCACUCCGGAGAAGAUCCGAAAUGCUUGUGUGGACCAGUUCACCACCCUGUGUAUCACCGGAACAUCAGAAAACUGUAAAUCCUGGUCUGUGCGGGUCUGAAGAGAAGGUCCCAGCAGUGUUUUGUACUACAGCGAUGAUUCCUUGGAGUCAGAAGUACAUACUGCAGCAUCCAGAUUUCCACACGCCACCUGGGACUCAGCGGGAUGGCAUUUUCAAGAAAAUGGAAUGCGUUGAGAGAAUUUCCAUCCAAUUAAGAGUUGCAAACAAAACAAUAAGCAAAUAGGGAGCUACUGUCCUAAGUGGCAGCUCAGCGGCCUGGGUAAUGUUGAGUCCAUCUUGAUCACGUGUCUGAAAGGAGUUUAGGAAGUAUUUGCACUAUGUCCCCACUCAUGGAGUGGCCUGUGUAACCUGGGUUCUCACACACCACCUCCUAAAGCUCAAUCCAAGGUUUCUCUAGCUCUGCACGCCUUCUUCAGAAAGCUGAUAUCUGUCAAGCCAGAUAUGAGCUUUGUGUUUAUUGUGCUGUUGUAACCCCAGAUCCACACAUAAUUUUUGUUGGGACAGCAGAGGGAGAUUAAAACCUCUGACUACCUUUGCAUCAUGGAAGACAAUAAAAAAUGAAGUGAAAUUGAGGUCA